AUAUAGUGAAUGCAGGGUCCUGGGAGAAAAAAUAUAGUGAAUGCAGGGUCCGGGGAGACCAGAUAUAGUGAAUGCAGGGUCCGGGGAGACCAGAUAUAGUGAAUGCAGGGUCCGGGGAGACCAGAUAUAGUGAAUGCAGGGGUCCUGGGAGACCAGAUAUAGUGAAUGCAGGGUCCGGGGAGACUAGAUAUAGUGAAUGCAGGGUCCUGGGAGACCAGAUAUAGUGAAUGCAGGGUCCUGGGAGACCAGAUAUAGUGAAUGCAGGGUCCGGGGAGACCAGAUAUAGUGAAUGCAGGACCCGGGGAGACCA